UUUAAGUACGUUUAGCUGGUAAUACUGUACUUUUGCAGUAGGAUUUUACUUCCAGAGCUCUUACCUGCAAUGGAGUAUCUUUAAAAUAAGUUAUAAGCGUCGAAACUGGUUUAGUAUGUCUACCAUUUUAAAAAAAAAAAAAGAAAAAAAAAAAAGGCAGGGUUGUUUUCAAUCAACCAACCCCUCUGCCGGGGAAAUAGUCCCCCUGUGUUAGGGUGUGUUUGUUGGCUAAUAACGUAAGAAUGAAUUCGUUAAUAAUGAAUAGUCACACAAGCCUUGAAGCGCUCCAUUCAUAUCAAUGCGCAGAACAUUGUGCGUCGGUGCCAGGUGCUGUUGAUUGGCCAUUAAGUCAGUAUUUUCAUAUGAUCUAAUUAACACAACAGUCGCACUCAUUACGGACCAACACCUGCAGACGGUUGAAAUUAUUCGCUAUACACGCACGUGAAACAUCACACUUAUAGCACAAACACGCGCACGCGCUCGCGUCUCUGCUUCAUUAAUGCCGUCUCACAUCUUAACCGCUUCAAGUCGCCCAAUGGGAUCCUGCAUCCGAUCUAACGGGUUAUUUUUAGGGCUCACUUCACUAACUAUAACCCGCCUCCAUCGUUUGUCAUUGCGUCACAACAAGUAACAUUAUCCUAUUGUUUUUUUCCUUCUUCCCCACCGACUGAGUUGGUUGAGAGGUGUCAGGUUUUUGGGGAGCUAUAAAAGGAGGGACGGGCAGAACGGCUCGACACUCUUCAUCCAGACCUGAACCCGCAGAGGUGGCUUCAUCGGCGUCAAAAUGACUAUUUGGUGCAACUCCUGCAAGUGUCACGUCAGCGCUCCGUGCGCCUUUCAUCUUGUGCCCGAGGAUCACCGCAGCUCUUUCUGCAGGAGGUUCAGAUCCACCAAAGGAGCGUCCAAAGCCCGGCGGGACCACAUCAAUCACGAGAUCAGGAACAUGCGCGCCCUGUUGCCCAUCACCCAGGAGGACCAGGAGCGCCUCUCCUACCUGCACUCCAUGGCCGCCAUCUGCGCCUACAUCAGGAAGUCUGUUCUCUUCCAGGGACUCCCGGCUGGGGCCAGAUCACACUGCUCUCUGCCAUACGAGGCCUUUCUUCAAGCCCUGCACGGCUUCAUCCUGGUCACCACCGCACAGGGGAGGCUGGUCUACGUGUCCGAGAAUGUAGAUGAAUAUCUCGGCCUGUCCAUGAUGGAUGUGCUUCAAGGAGACACUUUCUACGACUUGGUGGAACGCUCUGACAUUGAUAUUGUGAAAUCAAACCUGGACAUUGAACACAACUCGCCAUCAGAGAGGAGCUUUAUAUGUUGUAUGCAAACCUCCAAGGCCUUCAAGCUGCAACACGGCAGCUGCUGUUCCAUGACGGUCAGAGGGAGCUUCCAGUCGUUCCCUGAGUCGUGGUCGUCCUCCUGUUCAGUCCGUCCCACCGGCCAGCCUCUGUUUGUGGCCCUCUGCACCCCCACGGUCGACCGCCUGCGGAGCUCCGGCUCCCACUCCUGUGACAGCUUCGACAGCGUCCACAGACUCGACAUGACCUUCACUCAGCUGUCGGACAGCGUUGUAUAUUUUUUGGGGUAUUCGGCAGAAGAAAUGACCGGUCGAUCGUGGUACAGUCUUGUCCACCCUGAAGAUCUUUCUUUGAGUGCAGAUUCUCACAGAAGUUUAUUGCGGGCAGAUGAGGGCUUCCAGGUGGAGAUGGUGCUCAGACUCCAGUGCAAGGAUCUGUCGUGGACCUGGAUCUACAUUCGAGCCAACAAGGAGUCCGAGUGCCAGGGCGUGAGCUGCACCAACUUCAUCAUCAGUGAAAUGGAGGCCCGAUUUCUUCAGAAGAAAAUCAGCAGCGAGGCCUUCGGGCCAUCGCUUCUGGCAAAUUGUGCAGCUCAACAGGCGCCUCACACUCUGACCUACAGCAACACUAAAUGCUUUAAAAGACAGAGGACGUCCAGCAGCCAAAGCGAGGAGCCAGGUGCUAAAGCUAGGAGGGAGACCGAGCAAGACGUAUGCUAUGUGGCGUGCGCCUCCUCCCAAGGCGAUGGCUCACCUGCUCCCUCGGGAGACAGCCCUGCUCUCUUCACCCCUCCGUACAGCCCAGCCUCCUCCAGCUCCACUCUGCAGCAGGAGGAGCUCAGCCAUGACCUCUUGAUGGAUGUGCAUGGAUACACAGAUCAGCUGCUGUCCUCCCCCGAGUGCUCUCCCUCCUAUUACUCCUACCCAGAGGCAGGGCUCACCUGUCACCAAUCACCCUCCGGCUCCCUCGCUUCCGCCGCUGAACAGAGAUUUGACCGGGCAGCCUUCGGCGUGCUCGGCGCCCGCUCUCCAGCCUCCUCCUCCUCAUCACCGACCUAUGAUUUCCAAGCUUGUCCGGCCGACACUCGAUUAGUUCCAGACUGCCCGUCCGUGUCGGACAUGUGCGAGAGCCCGGCGGACUGUGCUCUGCAUCACGACGACUUCAGCCUCCCCGAGCAGCCACAAGGGGGCGGCCUCGUCCAAGUGCAUCAUGUCCCCUACCACGUGUUGCCCGCAUAUUCCAGCCUCCUCACCCCCAGCCAAUCUCCUACAUCAUUAGAGAUGCCACACUACAGCGAGAGGGAACAGGCAGAGAUCAGUAUUCUGGCUCAGCAGAUCUCCUCCCUGGCCAGCAGCUUCGCCAUGUAUCACACGCACAACCAGUUUCAAAAUGCGUCCCGACCCACAACCACUAACACCCCGCCCUCAGUCUGCGACUGGCCCCAUCACCCUCCUCUCCCCUCAGCCCUUCCUCUGAAGCGCGAGCUGAUGCUUGAUGACGGCGUGUUCGACAGCAUCCUGAAAGACCUGGACGCGAGGAAAGCCAGCACGUCGUGCCCCGGCGUUGCAGCGUACAGCUACCAGCAGGGCUCGCUGCGCUGCAGGAGUGGGUCCCAUCAGUCGGAGCCGGAGUCCCUCGGCCUCUCCCCGACCAUCGCAGAGGACCCGCUGCCUGCGGAGCAGUUCACCGCCAUGGAUCCCUUCAGUUUGCCGUUGGGACGCCAUGACCGAAACACUGGGUUGCAUCAACUCAACCACUAUAUGCAGAGUCGCCUUCAGCAAGAUGAACUUGCAGAAGAAAACCUGUACUGAAAUAAGUCUGUGACUUACUGUACUACCACUUGUAUGACAUAUUGUCAGGGCAAUCUUCCUUCCGCUGGAUUCAAAGACGAGUGCGAGCAAAGACAUUUGGAGGACAUCGUUGCUGAGACGCCGUUCCCUCAAAAGACUUCUUUCUGAAUGUAGAAAAGCAACUAAAGUAUAUAACUUGCUCUUCAAGACUUCAGCUUUGUCUUCAUGUCUCAACACUGCUGUCGACUGUUUUAUGUUUUGCUUGUGUCUUAUAUUUUAUGAAAAAGGUACUUUAAAAGAAAAAAAACAAAAACGUGUCUGACAUCACUUCAACACUGAAAUGGAGGUAUAUUUUUCUUCUAAUGCUGAGUGACCACAGUUUACUAUUGAGCACUUUAUCAAUGCCAUUGCCACAAGGAUUUUAUAAAUGAGAAGGCGUGCUGAAUUUAAAGGAAUAUUACCGAUAUUCCAAAGCUACCUGGAUGAGCUUUAACACAUAAAUCAUUCAAGAGCCAUUUGGAAAUGUUUGGUUUUAGGUGCCUUAAAAACAUGAGGGGAAGACACUAAUCAGUUUGCCAAAAAAUAAUAAGACUGUUCUUCUGUUUCUCAGUGGGACAUUAAUGCUUUGAUGUUAUGAAUAAAUAAAUCAAGCGAGAUGAUGAUUGUUCAACACCUACCUCAGUGGUACAUGUGAAUGCAUUCCAAGUCUGAAUUUUAUGAAUUAAUUAUAUUUAUUUUGAACAUCACUCUCACUUAAUAGUCUUAAAAAUGUUUAUAUUUUACUACAAUGUGAAUCUUAAACUUAACUUUAUCCAUUCUACUUUUGUUUUCUUUAUAGUACUGGUACUGAAUGUUCAAUGUUAUUGCGUUAUACUUGACAUUUGAAAUGUAAAUAAAUCAAAUGAAAACUACAUUGGGUGAUGUUGAUAAAAUGAAGUUAUUCAGCGUUUCUUCUUCCACAAAAGCACUGCAGGUGUAAAAUGUACAUGACUCCUGUUAUGACUCCAUUCAUACCUUAAAUGCAAUCAAAACCACAUUCAGUUUGACACCAUUAUUGCCAAUACAGUAGGUAUAUCUGCUGGA